AUGUUGACUUUCCCAAAGAAUGAAGCUUUGUGUGUCCUUUGGAUUUCCUGUAUUUUCAUCUCCGUACUGGUUCAGCAAGGAACCGGAGCUUUUCAGUGUGACAAUGGGGUCUCUUUGCCUCUUGACAAUGUGUGUGACUUCACAGAUCAGUGUGGUGACAUGAGCGAUGAACAGCAAUGCUCGGAUUAUGAAAGAUGUGAUUUUGAGGAUGGGCUCUGUAGUAUGAUACGAGAUCAGAGUCUGCAACAUGGCUGGACAAAGAGGAAUGGGGUGAUCGGCCAGUCACCUCCAUUUUAUGAUCACAAUGGUGAUACAUCUGCUCACUUCCUCUCAUUGGUCUCUAACUUGGAUUCUACUUCCUCAAACAUAAGCAGCAGAGUUUUUCUUCCAACGAAUAACCAACAUGCUUGUCAGAUUACAUUUUAUUACUUCUCCAGCCAAAUGAAUGGCAAGUUAAUGGCUGGCUUUCAAACUACCUGUGGUGGCCCUAUACAGCAUUUAUGGCAAAACACUGCUGGGCUCCAGAAUCGUUGGGAGAGGAACGUCAUCAAAAUUCAGAGUCCCCAGAGGUUUCAGGUUGUUUUUCAAGGCCAGAUGAUUUCAGCUCAGGAUGAAGCCAUAGCUAUUGACGAUCUAUCUUUCAGCUCAGGCUGCUUGCCAGCAGAUGAUGACAUUUUGCCAUGUCAAGAGGCAUCGAAUACUGAGAAGGAACUAUGCCAUCCAGAUAGAAGUCUCUGCAGAUUUGAUUCUACAGAUGAAGGAUUGAGGUUGUGUCAAGCCUGUGGAUUUGCAUUUGACAUGUGUGACUGGGUAUCAGAACCAACUGCUGGGCAAACUUCCUGGAUGCGCACAAAAGCAAGAGAAAUUCCUGUGUUAGAAUAUACACCUCAACAAGAUCAGAGCAGUGAUGAUGAAGGUUACUGUCUAUGGGUAGGGGCUAAGCAAGCUUCUACUCUUAACCAUUUAGACAGCAGGGCUUAUCUGAAUAGCUCCGUGUGUCACUGCCUGGGCAGGAGCUGCCAUCUUCAAUUCUAUUACUCUAUGGAAAACAGUGUUCUCAGAGUAGGACUGUCUAAUGAUAAGGAAGAAGAAACAUUUUGGAUAUACAACACAUCAACUCACAGAAAAUGGGUGAAAGUGGAUGUGGUAAUACCAGAAGAACUGAAGACAUUUAAGAUUAUUUUUGAAGGGACUAUUUUGAGCCAGAAAGGUUUUAUUGGGCUUGAUGACCUGUGGGUCUACGCCUGUGCCCAGGCCUCGUCCAGACAACUUUGCUCUGCAGAUGAAUUCACCUGUGCCAGCGGCCAGUGCAUUGCUCAAGAAUUGGUUUGUGACUCUUGGCAGGACUGUUCUGAUAAGAGUGAUGAGGACCCGACAACUUGCUCCAGUCAUCUCAGGUGUGACUUUGAGUCUGGUUUCUGCGGCUGGGAGCCAUUUCUCACAGAAGAUUCACACUGGGAAUUCGUGAAAGUAUUGCCCAGUUCAGACCACCUUCCUGAUGCUGAGCACCCAACAAACACAAAUCAUGGAUCAUUUAUUUAUUUUGGGGCACAUCAACCACCUGCAGUGGCCAAGCUUGGAAGUCCUGUUCUUACAAGAUCAGUCACUGCCUCUACCCCAUGUCAGGUGCAGUUUUGGUAUCAUUUGUCUCAGCAUUCACGUCUCUCACUUUUUACAAGAACAUCUCUGAAUGGUGAUUUGCAGAAGCACAGUGAUCUAAUCGGCAUCUCUGAAUCUCAAUGGCGACAAGCAAAAAUCAAUCUCAUUGCAAAGGCUGGAGAAUCUACUCUCCCUUUUCAGUUAAUUUUGGAAGCUACAGUUUUAUCAUCAAAUGCUACUGUUGCUUUAGAUGACAUCGAUGUAUCCCAGGAAUGUGAAAUUUCAUAUAAGACACUUUCAGGUACUAGUGUGCAAAGCAAAGCUGGACUUGUGCCACAUGAGGACACAGGCUGGACUUCAUCCAGCAGGGUAUAUGAUUUCACAUCUGACUGUCCAGAUGGAGCGGAGGAAGCUAAGUGUGUUACCGAAUGUGACUUUGAAACAGAUAGCUGUGGUUGGUUUGAAGCAGUCCAUGGUGAUGAUUUUGAGUGGACCUGGAGCUCUAGAAGUAACCUCUCUGCUGAAUUUGAGGAUCAGGCUCCACCUCGGGAUCACACUCACAACACAUCUCAGGGGCACUUUAUGUUCAUUCUGAAGAAAAGCAACAGCUUAUCACAAAUUGCUAAAGUCCAGAGCCCAACUUUCAGCCAGACAGGACCUGGAUGCACUCUUUCCUUCUGGUUUUAUAACUAUGGCCUAUCAGUGGGGGCAGCUGAGUUACAGCUACACAUGGAAAAUUCCAGCGAGUCCACGGUACUCUGGAGAGUAUUGUAUAACCAGGGUGACCAGUGGUCACAGGUAGUUGUUCAGCUUGGACGUCUUACUCAGCCCUUCCAUUUGUUGAUACAUAAAGUCAGUCUUGGCAUUUAUGUUGGUGUCUCAGCGAUUGAUGAUAUCAGAUUUGAAAACUGUCUUCUUCCACCCCCCUCGAAGAGCUGCGAAGGGCCAGAUCAUUUCUGGUGCCUGCACACUAGGACUUGUGUAAAAAAACUUCAAUUAUGCGAUCUGGUGGAUGAUUGUGGUGAUUAUACUGAUGAGGUCAAUUGUGUACCCGAACUUCAGUGUAACUUUGAAAAUGGACUUUGUAACUGGGAACAAGAUACAGAAGAUGAUUUUGACUGGACUCGGUACCAGGGCCCAACAUCAACGCUUAAUACAGGGCCGAUGAAGGAUAACACUUUGGGCACAGCUCAAGGACACUAUCUGUACAUUGAAUCAUCCGAACCACAGGUUUUCCAGCACCGAGCUGCUCUGCUCAGCCCGAUCCUUAAUGCCACUGAUGCGGAGGGCUGCACCUUCCGCUUGUACUACCACAUGUUCGGAAAGCACAUUUAUAGGCUGGCCGUCUACCAGCGAGUCUGGAACAACACAAGAGGACAGCUGCUGUGGCAUAUAUUUGGGAAUCAAGGCUCCAUUUGGAUACGGAAAUCUCUCAGCCUUUUCAGCAGGCAGCCUUUUCAGAUUUUGGUGGAGGCUUCAGUGGGAGAUGGCUUUACUGGAGACAUUGCAAUUGAUGACUUGUCAUUUAUGGACUGCACUCUCUACCCUGGUCAUUUACCUGUGAAACUUCCAACUCCACCAGAAACUACAGUUCCAGUAACACUGCCUCCACACAACUGUACAGACAGUGAAUUUGUUUGCAGGUCUGAUGGUCAGUGUGUUGAAAAUAUCCAGAAAUGUGAUUUUAGAUAUGACUGCCCUGACCAAUCAGAUGAAUCCUCCUGUGCUAUGGACAUUUGCAGUUUUGAAAAAGGAAGCCUGUGUAAAUGGUACCAGCCAAUCUCAGAAAAAUUAAUUCAAGAUUCAAACACAUUCAGAUGGGGACUUGGUAAUGGAACCAGUAUUCAUCAUGGUGAGGAAAAUCACAGGCCAUCGGUGGAUCAUACAACAAAUACUGCAGACGGCUGGUACCUGUAUGCUGAUAGUUCAAAUGGAAAAUUUGGUGACAUGGCUGAUAUCCUUACUCCUGUCAUUUCACGCACGGGACCAAAAUGUACCCUGGUGUUCUGGACUCAUAUGAAUGGUGCCACAGUUGGUUCUCUCCAGGUACUCAGCAAGAAAGACAAUGUUACUUCUAAACUGUGGGCUCAAAGUGGACAGCAAGGUGCACAGUGGAAAAAAGUGGAGUUGUUUUUAGGUGUUCAUUCCCAUAUACAGAUUAUCUUCAGGGCAAAACGUGGUAUCAGUUACAUAGGAGAUGUAGCAGUGGAUGAUAUUUCCUUUCAAGAUUGUUCCCCACAUCUAAGCGCAAACAGAACAUGUACUGCUCAAGAAUUCACGUGCGCUAACAAGCACUGCAUUGCCAAGGACAAGCUAUGUGAUUUUGUGAAUGACUGUGCUGAUAAUUCAGAUGAGACUCCUUUCAUCUGUGGUGCCUCCAGGGGGCGCUGUGAUUUUGAGUUUGAUCUUUGUUCCUGGGAGCAGGAGCAGGAUGAUGACUUUGACUGGAAUCUGAAGGCGAGCAAUGUCCCUGCUACAGGCACAGAGCCAGCGGCUGACCACACCUUGGGAAAUUCAUCUGGCCAUUACAUCUUUAUAAAGAGCUUGUUCCCUCAGCAGCCCAUGAGGGCAGCCAGGAUUUCAAGUCCAGUCAUAAGUAGGAGAAGCAAAAACUGUAAGAUAAUUUUUCAUUACCACAUGUAUGGACAUGGCAUUGGAGCGCUCACCUUGAUCCAGGUAUCAGUCUCAAACCAAACGAAGGUCCUACUUAACCUCACUGUAGAACAAGGCAAUUUCUGGCAGCGGAAAGAGCUAGCCCUGUCUGGUGAUGAGGACUUCCAACUCAAGUUUGAAGGCCGCGUUGGGAAGGGCCACCGCGGUGAUAUUGCACUGGACGACAUUGUGCUGACAAAGAACUGUCUAUCUUCCCAUCACUCCAUGAAAGAAGAACUCUCAGUGCCUCUUCCAACAGGUUACUGUCCACUUGGCUAUCGGGAAUGCCAGAAUGGCAAAUGUUUUAAACUGGAGCAGAGCUGUAAUUUUGUAGAUGACUGUGGAGAUUAUACUGAUGAAAAUGAAUGUGGUGGCUCCUGUACUUUUGAAAAAGGCUGGUGUGGUUGGCAAAACUCCUUGGCUGAAAACUUCGAUUGGGUGUUGGGGGUCGGCUCUCCACGAAGUCUAAGACCUCCCAGAGACCACACACUUGGAAAUGAAAAUGGGCACUUCCUGUAUCUGGAAGCUACUCCAGUGGGCCUGCGGGGUGAAGAAGCACACCUCAAGAGUGGCCUGUGGCAAGAAUCCAGUGCUGCCUGCACCAUGAGCUUCUGGUAUUUCAUAUCCACAAAAGCCACAGGGUCCAUUCAGAUCCUCAUUAAGACAGAGAAAGGACUAUCAAAAGUAUGGGAAGAAAAUAAGCAGAACUCUGGUGAUCGCUGGCAAAAGGCUGUCAUCCUUCUAGGAAAGUUAAGGAAUUUCGAAGUCAUAUUUCAAGGUCUCCGUACACGGGAUCUGGGAGGAGGAGCUGCAAUUGAUGACAUUGAAUUUGAAAACUGCAUGACUGUGGGAGAGACUUCUGAGAUUUGUCCAGAGGCCACUGAUUUUGUGUGCCACAACAAGAAGUGUAUUGCAUCCCACCUUGUCUGUGACUAUAAACCAGACUGCUCUGAUGGGUCUGAUGAAGCUCACUGUGGCCAAUAUACAGGCACAGCAGGAAGCUGCAAUUUUGAAACAACUUCAGGAAACUGGACCACAGCUUGCCAUCUUACUCAAGAGUCUCAAGAUGACUUGGAUUGGGCCAUUGGCAGUAAAAUUCCUACAGAAGCAUUGAGUCCAGACCCUGAUCACACACCAGGUAGUGGUCAACACUUCCUGUUUGUCAACUCAUCUGGCCCCAAAGAAGGAUACACUGCAAGAAUCACCACGUCCCAAUACUUCCCAGCAAGCCUCGGAACGUGUGCUGUUCGGUUCUGGUUCUAUAUGGUUGAUCCCAGGAGCACAGGAGUCUUAAAGGUGUAUACUGUUGACGAAUCUGGACUAAACAUCCUCAUGUGGUCCAUGAUUGGCAAUAAACGAACUGGUUGGAUGUACGGACAUGUUCCUCUCUCGAGUAACAGUCCAUUUAAAGUGGCAUUUGAAGCUGAUUUGAGUGGAAAAGAGAACAUCUUUAUUGCCCUUGAUGACAUCUCUUUUACCCCAGAAUGUGUAUUUGGAGGUCUUGUCACAAUACAGCCAUCACUGUGUGAAGCUGAUCAGUUUUCUUGUAUCUACGCUGUCCAGUGUGUCCCUCUUGCAAGGAAAUGUAAUGGACAGGAAGACUGCACAGAUGGAUCUGAUGAAAUGGACUGUCCUAUCAGCCCCCUUCCCCAGCUCUGUGGUCAAACAGAAUUCCAGUGCUCCACCCAUGAGUGUAUCCCGUCCCUCCUGCUUUGUGAUGGAGUGCCUGACUGCUACUUUAAUGAAGACGAAUCUGGCUGCUCCGACACGAGCUGUUCUCAUGGAGCUUUGACCUGCUCCUCUUCUAACAGCUGUAUCCCAGUGCACAAGCGCUGUGAUGGUUUUGCUGACUGCAUGGAUUUCCAACCUGAUGAAUCCAGCUGCCUAGAGUGUCCAAGAGGUUACUGCAGAAAUGGUGGGACUUGUGUGGUGGAGAAAAAUGGUCCAUUGUGUCGAUGUGCACAAGGUUGGAAGGGAAAUCGUUGCCACAUCAAGGUUAACCCACCGACUGCUGAUUUCACGAACACUCAGAACAAUAUAUGGACCCUCCUGGGUAUUGGAUUAGCUUUACUGAUAGCUCAUAUUACACUAGCGGUCUUGUGUUUUCUUGCCAACAAAAAAGUACCAGUAAGGAAAACUAAAAGAAGUAUUAACCGUGCAUUUGUUAAUCCAGUUUAUGGGAACUGGAGCAACUCAGAGAAAACAGAGAGUUCUAUAUACUCCUUCUCAAAUCCAUUAUAUGACACAAUAUCAGGAAGACUGGAGACUAUAUCUAAUCGUCUCAAAUAG